UAUAGAAAUAUAUGGCUUCUUCUUCUUCUCAAGAAGAGUACGAGUACGAGGUGUUUCUCAGUUUCAGAGGUGAGGACACUCGCCGUAGUUUUACUGGACAUCUUUACGAUGCUUUGCAUAAAAAGAAUAUCCGAACCUUCAUGGAUGAUAAAAAAGCUGAAACUGGAUAUAAAAUUUCACCACAACUUAGGAAAGCAAUUAUGGGAUCCAAGAUUUGGAUAAUAGUUUUCUCCAAAGAUUUUGCUGCUUCCACAUGGUGUUUGGAUGAAGUGCUUCAAAUACUUGAAUGCAACAGGAAUAGAAAUGGAGAAAUUAAAGGGAAUGUGAUACCCAUUUUUUAUGGCAUAAAACCAACCAUUGUACGGAAACAGGAGGAGAGCUAUGCAGUUGCAUUUGCUAACCACGCAGAACGUUUUAAGGAUAGAAUUGAGAUGGUGCAGCAAUGGAGGAAUGCUCUAAAUGAAGUGUCCGGUGUGACCGGUCAUGAUUCAGAAAAUUUUAGGUAUGAUCGCGAGUUAAUUGACAAGGUCAUUAAUGAUGUUUUAUUGAAGUUGCCAGAAGACCAAUUAGCAAUUGAUCAAUUCAAAGAGAACUUGAUUGGAAUUGAAGAGUGUGUCAAGGAUAUUAAAUCAUUGUUAUGCAUUAACUCGAAGGAUGAUGUUCGCAUAAUAGGCAUAUGGGGCAUGGGAGGUAUUGGUAAGACCACCCUUGCUGGUACCGUGUUUGACAUAUAUAAAUCUUCUUUCGAUGCUAAUUGCUUCCUUAAGAAUGUUAGGGAGGAAUCCAAAAGACAAGGAAAAGAGCAUUUGAGAAAGAAACUUCUUUUAGACUUAUUAAAUGAUAAAUCUAUUCAAAUGAAGGACACCCCAUCCAUAAUGUCAACUUUUAUUCAAAAGCGGUUGGUAAAAACAAAAGUGAUUGUUGUUUUAGAUGAUAUAGAUGAAAUAUUAUCAUUAAAAUAUUUUCUUGAAGGGCAUGAACAGUUUGCCACUGGGAGUAGAAUCAUUGUCACAACUAGAGAUGUGCAGUUGCUUAAGUCAGUCACUGAUAAAAUUUAGGAGGUUAAGGGGUUACAUUGCUCUGAAGCUCAUCAACUCUUUCAUAAGCAUGCUUUUGGAAGUCAAAUUUCUGUUGAUGCAGACUAUGAAAAACUAUCAAAAAGAGUGAUAGCUAGGGCAAAAGGCAAUCCGUUAGCUCUAAAGGUAUUGGGCUCUUUCCUUUGCUCCAAGAGUAAACGAGAAUGGGAAAGUGCAUUGGAUAAGCAGGCAAUAGAUCCACACAAGGAGAUUCUUCAAGUAUUGAAAAUUAGUUAUGAUGGAUUAAGCAAAGGCACCCAGAAUAUGUUUCUUGAUAUUGCAUGCUUCAUUACGGGUGAAGUUUACAGAGAAGAAGUAGAAAACAUGUUCAGUUGCAGUGACCAGUAUGAUGUGACAAUAGAAAUAACUACUCUUAUUGAUAAAUCCUUAUUAACAGAAAGCCUAUAUGGAUGCUUGUCCAUGCAUGAUUUACUGAGAGAAAUGGGUCAGGCAAUUGUUUGUGAUGAAAGCAAAAUACCUGGAAAUCGUAGUAGGUUGUGGACUGCUAAAGAUGUCCGCCAUGUAUUGGAAAAAAACAAAGGGACUAACGCAAUCCAAGGCAUAUCAUUGAAUCUGUCUGAUUGUGGUAUUAAAAAAAAAGUGCAAGUGAGCCCUACAACAUUCUCAAAUAUGUGCCAUCUAAGAUAUCUUAAAAUAUAUGGAGGAGGGAAACAAUAUGAUGGGGAAUUUGGGCCUAGAUACCUACAAGUUCCUGAAAAUCCGUUUGAUAUUUCUGAUGAGCUAAUAUAUUUUCAUUGGGAUUCAUAUCCUUUGAAAUAUAUGCCAAAUUUUAGUCCUGAAAAUCUUGUUGGACUUAUUAUGCGUUGGAGCAAACUUGACAAACUUUGGAAUGAAGUCGAGCUCCUUGACCUCGAGAAGUUAAAGAAGAUUGAUCUUAGUAAUUCUGAGCAUCUUACUGGAAUACCAAGUCUGUCCGGGGCUAUCAAUCUUGAAAUUAUAGAUCUUCAAGGUUGUAAAAAUUUGGUUCAAAUUCACUUAAAUCUUCGGAAUCUCUGCAAGCUUCAGAUUCUAAAUUUAAGGCAUUGCUACAAUCUCGAAAAAUGGGAAGCAUCUGAAAGUCAAGAAGUGCCCUCAUCAGUUCCCAUUGGAUUAGAUUUCUCAUAUUGCACAGGAGAUAGAAAUAGAAGGAUACUUAGGAAUGAAGUUCAGUUGAAGAUUGAUGCUAGUUAUUGUGAGCACCUAACUGAAAUACCAAAUUUGUCUGAGGCUAUCAAUCUUGAAACUAUAACACUCCAAGGUUGUAAAAGUUUGGUUCAAGUUGCUUUAAAUUUUCAGAAUCACCCCAUGCUUCGACUUCUAGAUUUGAGAGAAUGCGCCAAUCUCGAAGAAUGCAGAGAUUCUGAAAAUAUUACAACUAAUAAUACAACAUUUAUAGAAGAAGAGACCUCAUCAUCAGUUCCCGUUGAAUUAAAUUUCUCAAAUUGCAAAAGACUGAGAAGUAUACCAGAAAGCAUUGGGAAAUUGAAAUAUCCGAAUCUGCAUCUUAGUGAAUGCCCAAACCUAGAAAAGUUUCCGGAAAUCUCUUCGGGUGGUAUGGAAUGCUUGCAUGAGCUUUCGUUAAACGGAACAGGGAUUAAAGAGCUACCUGAAUCAAUCGAAAAUAUAAAAAAGCUCAAACAGUUAAGUUUGAAUGAUUGCAAAAGACUUAAAAGUCUACCCCAGAGCAUUUGGAAGUUGAAAUAUCUGGAAAGGCUGAUUGUUUUUGAUUGCCCAAACCUACAAGGAAAGUUUCCAGAAAUCUGGGAUGUUAUGGAAUGCUUGGAUGAAAUUGAUUUAGAGGGAACAGGGAUUGAAGAGUUACCCGAAUCAAUUGAAAAUAUAAAAAAGCUCAAGUACUUAAAUUUGAAGGAUUGCAAAAGACUUAAAAGUCUGCCCCAGAGCAUUUGGAAGUUAAAAUAUCUUGAAAAGCUGAUUGUUUGUGCUUGCCCAAACCUGCAGGGAAAGUUUCCAGAAAUCUGGGAUGUUAUGGAAUGCUUAUAUGAAAUUGAUUUAGAGGGAACAGGGAUUGAAGAGUUACCGGAAUCAAUUGAAAAUCUAACUGGGCUCACAAAUUUAAACCUUUGCAGUUGCCCACAGAUUAAGUUUCUCCCAAAAAGCCUCUGUAAAUUAUCAAGGCUUGCUACGUUGAACCUCAAGGAAUGUUCAUCACUUGAAGAAUUGCCUCGCCUUCCACUUAAUUUGACAAGUUUGUUUAUAAAUUACUGUGAGAGCUUGAAAUCAAUACAACAGCUUCCAUCUUCAUUACUUAUGUUUGACGCAGCCGAUUGUACAUCAAUGAAAACAAUAUCAAGUUGUGAAGCGGCUCACAUUCACAACGGACAAUAUUUCGGGGGUCUUCUCCCUAUGGUUUGGAGGUUUGAAAAUUGUCUGGAUUUGGAUUACAACACACGAAACCACAUAAUUGCUGAUACUCUAGACGGUAGAAUUUACGACGGCUGCGCAUGUCCAUUUGUUGAUAUUGUGUACCCAGGAAAUGAAAUCCCAAAGUGGUUCAACAAUGUAAGUACUGAUGAUGGGAAUUUGAUCAAUUUCCGACUUCCUCUAAAUUGGUUUAAAUUUACUGACAGCCGGGUCCCUUUUGUUGUCUGCAUUGUUGGUGUGUUGAAUAAUUUUGACGAUGAUGAUCAUGACAAGCGGAUGAGGGCUGUUUUGUUGAAAUACAAUAUCAAUUUCAAAACCAAUACUUGUGAUGGCCAUCGUCACAAAUAUAUUGGUGGUUUAGCAAAAACUUGUUUACAAGCAAAUAACCGUAAUGCUGAUCACGUGUUCAUUAUGCACAACCGAGAUAUGAGUUUGGAUAAGCAAGUGUUGAGACAACUGAUUCGACCUCGUGGGUGCCUCAAUCUUAGGAAUGUGGACGCCUUGCAGGCUUCUUUCAGUAUAUGUUUGAUGGAAGGUGCAAGUGUCAAUUUGAACAUAAAAAAUUGUGGGAUACGCUUCAUCUAUGACUAUGAUAGAACCAAAGUUAGACAAUACUAGUGGUGAAUGUUCUAAUCAAGCAAGUGGAUAUCAAAAUAAUAUGAUCCGUCAGUCACAUCCGCAGAUUAGUUCCAAGAGAAUCAAGCUGAUGGGACAAGAUACCUUUCUUCUAAAUGAAUCGUUUUUAAUCUACAAGCUGUUCAGGAACCGUAACAGUCUUCUACUUCCAGGAUUUCUAGCAUGAUCUUGCAUGUGGGCAUAUCGGAUGAAGAAGAAUGAUUAGCUUGAAUAAUGUCCAGCGAAUAAUAAGCUUGAAUUUCAUAAGAGCAGGUUGUGAUCAAACAGACUGCGAAGGGCCCCAAAGAAAAACUUAACUGUACACAUUGAUGGCUUCUCUUUCACUGAAGGAUUCUCAAAGAUUCGGAAAUGUAAAAUUUCAGUAAUAUGAAAUUGUAUACUUGCAUUGUUCUCAUUUUUGUUUCGCUAGUUUAAUGCUCUAUUAUUGCUCCUUAACGCUUUCUUAUAUAUUAUCAAAGCAAAAAUGUCAAAUGGAGAGAUGAAGAAAACUUCAACAAGAUAAA